GAAUCACGUUUUGCUAUUCCAAUAAGAAUCUUCGAGAAGUGCGAGCUCAGAGUACUUCGAGUAUUCUGUGAAGAUCAAAAAUAUCAUUCCAUUAAACUCUCAAGAUGUUGCGCUUGCCUCGUGUUGUGAGACAAACCGUUGCUCUUCAGAAAUCUCACCAAUUUUCAAGAUUUUAUGCCAAAGAUGUGAGGUUCGGGGCUGAUGUAAGAGCUCUCAUGCUCCAGGGCGUUGAUGUUCUCGCCGAUGCCGUCGCCGUCACAAUGGGUCCAAAAGGUAGGAAUGUUAUUUUAGAACAAUCUUGGGGUUCACCAAAAAUAACCAAAGACGGCGUAACAGUUGCAAAAGGAGUGGAACUCAAAGACAAGUUUCAGAAUAUUGGCGCAAAACUUGUACAGAAUGUUGCGAACAACACAAACGAAGAAGCCGGCGAUGGAACCACCACAGCGACGGUCCUCGCUAGAGCUAUCGCGAAAGAAGGUUUCGAAAAAAUUUCAAAGGGUGCAAAUCCCAUUGAAAUCCGUCGGGGAGUGAUGUUAGCGGUUGACGCUGUAAAAGAUAAGUUAAAAAAUAUGUCUAAGCCUGUCACAACCCCCGAGGAGAUUGCUCAGGUUGCCACCAUCUCUGCAAACGGCGACACAGCCAUUGGUCAACUUAUCGCUGAUGCCAUGAAAAGGGUCGGCCGCGACGGUGUCAUCACAGUCAAGGAUGGUAAAACACUUAACGACGAACUAGAAGUCAUUGAGGGUAUGAAAUUUGACAGGGGUUAUAUUUCACCAUAUUUCAUCAACUCGUCCAAGGGUGCUAAGGUCGAAUUCCAGGAUGCCUUGAUUCUUUUCUCUGAAAAGAAAAUCAGUAAUGUACAGACAAUUAUCCCAGCUUUGGAACUGGCCAACCAACAAAGAAAACCUUUAGUAAUCAUUGCUGAAGAUGUUGAUGGGGAAGCUUUGUCUACUCUCGUAGUAAACAGAUUGAAGAUUGGUUUACAGGUUGCUGCAGUAAAAGCUCCAGGCUUCGGUGACAACAGAAAAGCCACCCUCAGUGACAUGGCCAUCGCUACAGGUGGUGUUGUGUUUGGAGAUGAGGCUAACCUCAUCAAGUUAGAAGAUGUACAGCUCUCUGACCUUGGUCAAGUUGGUGAAGUUGUCAUCACUAAGGAUGACACUUUGAUCCUCAAAGGUAAGGGCAAAAAGUCUGAUAUUGACAGGAGAGCUGAGCAGAUCCGUGACCAAAUUCAGGAGACAAACUCUGAAUAUGAAAAAGAAAAAUUACAAGAGCGUCUUGCAAGAUUGUCAGCAGGAGUUGCUGUUCUACAUGUCGGUGGAUCCAGUGAGGUUGAAGUCAAUGAGAAGAAAGACCGUGUCAAUGAUGCUUUGAAUGCAACAAGGGCUGCCGUUGAGGAAGGUAUUGUUCCCGGGGGUGGCUCAGCUCUGCUUAGAUGUAUUCCAGAACUUGAAAAGCUCAAAACAUCUAACUCUGACCAAGCUACAGGUGUUGAAAUCAUCAAGAAAGCCCUCAGAAUGCCCUGCAUGACAAUCGCUCGCAAUGCUGGCAUUGAUGGAUCAGUGGUUGUUGCCAAAGUUGAAGACCUUGGUCCUGAAUUUGGAUAUGACGCUCUCAACAAUGAAUAUGUCAACAUGAUCGAAAAGGGAAUUAUUGACCCAACAAAGGUUGUCAGAACAGCCCUCACAGAUGCCAGCGGUGUUGCAUCACUUCUUACGACAGCGGAGGCAGUAAUCUGCGAUAUUCCACAAGAGAAGGAGCCAAACCCCAUGGCCGGUAUGGGAGGUAUGGGCGGCAUGGGAGGAAUGGGGGGAAUGAUGUAAAUUAACUAGGACUUAUAUGCAUUUAAGGUGUACAGAACUAUAUUAGUUACAUCACCUGUUUAUGGGUAAUGCAAUGAGAUGAAUGUGUUACAAUUGUGCAGUGAAUGUUAAUUUUUCUUUUUACUAUUGAGUCUGAUUGAUUUAGAAUAGAGACAGCUGUCUUAGAAAUAUUUAGUUUAAUGUUUGCUUCAGUGGAGCAAGGUGUUAUUUUUUAAACAUAAAUAAAUAUUGUUCAUA